UUGGCCUGACGAACGUUAAGUGGCAACGUCGCCACAUCGGGGUGUUUUUUUUUUUUUUUUUUUUAAAUAAGCGCUGCCUUGUCGUUAUUGUCCGACAUUUUUACUGUGUUUAUAUUAGGUAGGAUUGUGUUUGAUCGAGACACUUUAUGUUCUGUGUGAAGAAGCAUAUUUGAUUUAAACCGGGAAAUGCCUUGCUAGGCCCUACAGUCAGUAGGCAGCAGUUUCCGGGGGAUCGCUGGUCUGGGCGCAACGUCGGUGCGUCGCGAUAUUAGUCCGUGUCGAGGGUGUAAAGAGUUUUGUUGACAAUAAUGGACGAAUUUAAAAGCUGUCACCUGGACUACGUCCCCGAAAACAUUCUAAUAGACGUGCUGUCGUUCCUGAGCGUUCGAGAGCUCGUCAGAGCCGGAAGAGUGUGUAAGAGAUGGAAACGCCUUGUCAAAGACCAGAGACUGUGGAGAUUUGUCGACCUGACCGCAUGGAAAGGAGUGACGUCCCGCAUACUUUGGGUCCUGCUGCGUCAGUACCUGGGUUGUGGACUAAGGUGCCUGUGGUUGCGUGGUUUGCUGCUCUCAGCCAGAGGUGGCACCUUUCUCUCUGAGUCUUGGCUCAAAGCUUUGUCCACAAAGUGUCCUCGCCUGAGUAAGCUCUAUCUUCUGCACGCAGACCUGAGAAGCCUGCCUAGUUGCCAGGUCCUACCUCCAUCAUUGCUGGUGCUGGAGCUGCGUGGUUGUGAGCUGCCUCGCGGGUUUUUCAACCAGGCACUGCCUACUUCACCUGCCCAAGAAAGAGCAGAAGCCACAUCCAGUGUCAGUGCUCAACAGCAAAGACGGGAUCCGAAACGAAAACGGCUUGACUCUCCAUCAGGGAUUCCUAUUGAGACCUUAGUCCUUAACAACGUGCCCUCUUUCACGGACCAGCAUCUGGAGAGUCUGACAUCAUGGGAGAGGCUCAGUCGACUUGAGCUGCGUGACACCUUUCGCGUGACUGCCAAUGGGCUCAGGAGCUGUGCUGCCAAGGAUGGCACCUGUGGUGUCGAAGGGCUUUCCAGGCUCAAGUUUCUGGAAAUAGGCAUCACUGGGCGGCAGGGUUAUCAGUUACAGAUGGCCUCCCUGGGUCUCGGGGCAGGAUGGCUCGGACUGGAGGAACUGAGCUUGGGCGGUAAAGAGGUGGGCCCUGGCCUGCUCUGUGCCAGCCGUUUGAAGGACCUUAAGCGUCUGUGCCUGUGGGCCUGCACGCUCAGUGAGAUGCAGAUAGUCAGGAGCUGCCGGAUGCUCCGUGGACUCCACCAGCUGGAGUUUUUGGACGUGACCUUCCAGCCUCGACAGGGUCCACAAGUGGUGGAAGGGGAAGGUGGUGGUGAAGAAGAAGAGCAGGAUGGUGAGGAAGCUGCAGGUGAAGAAAACAGCAAUGAUGACAACAAGACGCCGGAUAUGAAUGAUCCUAUUCCAAGUCUGCGUCGCUCACUGGCUGUCCUGCUGCCAUCCUGCACACUAGUUUUCACCAAUUGCUCUAUUCAGAUUAAUGCAGACUAAAUGAAAUCUCCACUACUACCGAAAAUAUUCAACUGGCCAAAAUGGUGAAAUUAUAGUUCACACAGGCAUAUGUGAUUUUUAUAGAGCUUUAUUGAUAUAAUGAUCAAUUUAUGUUUUUAUUAAUUUGUCAUGCAUAUAAGUAUGCCCAGCCAACACCUCCCUAGUGCUGCAGAAAAGAAAAAUCACUGAGAAAACAACUCCUCUGCUAAACUGAAGAAAUCGGAGUUAGCUUUAAUUAGAUAGUCUUGUCUUCUUUUACAGGAUUUUGAGACUGUUUUUCCUCCUCAACAAUUUUUUAAUCUGCGAACUUCGUUGGUCAGAGGAGGAAUGCCAGGUCUCAACAGUGCAACUUUGGAUCUGCAAAUUUUGAGGGGAAUAUCAUGGAUAGGUUUUCAGUGCAUCCCACAGUUCCUGUAAUUAGAUCAAUAUCUAGGGAGUUCGGUCAAAGUAAAAACCAUACCUGAAUAAUUUUUGUAGUGUGGCAGGGUGCAUUAUCCUGGUGAAAGAGGCCACUGCCACCAGGGAAUGAUGUCGCCAUGAUGGGGUGUUUUAGGUAAGUGUUGUGUGUCAUGAAUGAAUGUCGGGACCUACGGUUUUCCUUCAGAAUAUUGCUCAGAGCAUCACACUGCCUCAGGUGGCUUGCUUUCUUUCCAUAGUACCUACAUCCUGGUACCAUUUCUUCUUUGGGUAAAUGAUGCACACAAUCUCUUGUUCUUUCACUGCACCGUGACCCAAUUCUGACUUGUGAAAUGUAGGCACUUUUGACGGUGGACAAGUGUCAACAUGGACCCUCUAACUGAUGUAGAGCUGAAGGCCCCAUAUGCAGCAAACUGCGGGGCGCUGUGAGUUCAUGUUGCAACUAUUAAGGUUCUCAGUGUUUUGUGCUACAGUCGCUCUGCUGUGGGAUUGGAAUACACCGGCCCUGUCACCCGUCUACCCAUUGUCCUUUCUUAGACCACUUCUUCUAGGUAUUGACUUCUCCAAACUGAGAACACCCUUCCCUGACCUGCUGUUUUGCUCUGACCCAGUCGUCUAGCCAUCACAGUUUUUUUCAAUUCAUUUUUGAAAGGUGCUUAGAUCUUUACACUUGCACAUUUUUCCUGUUUCCAACACAUCAACUUCAACUGACUGUUCAUCUGCUGCCAUAUAUAUAUCCCCUGGACAUAUGCCAUUGUAACAAGAUAAUCAAGGUUCUUCACUUCAGCUGUCCAGUUGUAAUGUUGUGGCUGAUCGGUGUAUGUUCCUCUUAAUGGAGCUAUAUAUUAUGAUAAACCAUUUUUAUGGAAAAUCAAAGGACAAACUGUUUAUGGAUAAAAUAACUGGUGUAUGUUGGCAAAUUAAGGUACUUCAUUACUUUGAAAUUUUGAUUUGUCUCAUAAACCCAGAAACACUGUAUUUGCAGCUGUCACAUUUCAUGUUGACCUAAAUAUCAUCUUGCAGGUUAAAAUAUCAGUAUUGUUACUCAGUGUCUUCAAGGUAAAUCAGUGGACAGUGUCACUUCCAAUUUGGUUGCUCACAUGAAACAAGACUGGGAUAUAUGAACCAAAAUAUACAAUUGUUUAGCAUACUCUUUUAAACUCAAUUCCAAUAUAACAACAUUUGGAACUGCAACCGCUUGACUGUAAAGACAACCAGGUGUAAGAAGAAAAAAAUUGAGAUUUGAAACUGCUGGGAAUUCUCCAUCUGUUUCCUGUUCUUUUAACUCCUUAUCAACUGUGUAUGUUCAGAAAAAUUGUCGGUUACAAGCAGGUGUUUGGUUAUGAUGUUACAUAUGAACCACAUACCAUGUUUAAAUUCAUCUCCCAAUUCCAUCUUACUUAGUUCUUACAUGCUUUUUAGAAAUUAUGAAAUGAGAAAUGUAAAUUGUGAAUGUCUGUUGAUUGUGUAAAGAAGAGAAAACAUAGGUGUGAGUCCUUGACAUUCAUGAUUCAUUCAUUUUAAGAAGUUUUAAAUUUUAAACGAAAAACUGUUUUGAAUAAAGCUAUUUUGAACAAA